GGUAACGCGUAUCUUGUUAUUUUUCGCGGGAAUCGUACGACAACUGAUUUGUUUUUCGACAAGAACUUCUCCAUUCAAAUAAACCAUGUCUAAACGUCCCAAGUCAAAAGAGAUAGUGGAAUCUGGUAGCGAUAAUUCUGAAGAAGAAGAGGAAGUCGAGCAAGAGACGAAAAAACAAAAGAAAGCCAAAUCUAGUGCUGUAUCUGAAGCAAAACAAGAUGAUGGUAAUUAUGUUUUCCCUAUUUCCAGAAAUCGCCAAGUUUCCGUUAGAGAGUUCAAAGGAAAGGUUCUCGUUGAUAUCAGAGAAUUCUAUGAAGACAAGAGUGGAGAUCUAAAGCCGGGAAAGAAAGGUAUUUCUCUCCAAUUGGAACAGUGGGAGAAACUCAAAGAACUCAUGGAUGACAUAGAUGAAGCCAUAUCAAGCUUUUAAGUAGCAAUAGGAAAUUCAUAGCUACAUUACAGUCUACAAUCAUUUUUGAUGGGCAGAAUUGUGAUUGGAUGAAGUGCAAUACUACAAAGGGAAGCCUUUUCAGUGUUGUUGGGUAUACCACUUAUACAACAUGUGUGUGCUGUACAGUUUUCAACAUGUGGAAAAUCAUUCUCAUUAUCUACAAUGUACUUACAAAAUUGAUAUUUGGUGGAAAAGGAGGAAACAUCCCUAGAUGAGGCAACAUUGGUGGUGGUGGAGGCGGCCGGGGUCUGGAUGGUGGAAACAUGCUAAAACUUGUGUAACUACUCUAAGAUAAAACAGAAUAGAAAAGUAUAAAAUACGAGAUUUACGUCAAUGAAUAUCAAUAGUUUCCCAUAGUUCCUGCCUUCCCAAAACAAAUUACUGUAAAUUCUGAUGAAAGGUAUCUUUGUGUUCUGAUGCUGAGUCAUACAUAAUGUCGGCAUACUUACAGUCACAUGGGGUGGAUGUCCUGGCCAAGGUAUGUUUGAAUGUUGAUACCACUGUGGAGGCCCUGGAGGUCUGUAAGGAUGAUGAUGAUGAGGCGGAGGCGGCAGAUGAUCAUGAUGAGACUGAGUAUCAUUGCUGUGGUAUAGUUGUGAUUUAUCAACUUGUUGGCUGGAAAAACAGAAAAAAAUGUCAGUAAAGGCCACCAACACUCACUGAGUGGCUCUGCAACUCAGAACUUAAUAUGCAGCACAUUCUAUAUUUUAGAUAAUUUCAUUUGGGAUUCAACUUCUUAAAAUUAAAUUUACCACAGUAAACGUUUGAGAUUUUAAAGUCCCAGAGGUUGCAGUACCAUAAAAAUAGCUCCAACAAGACCAUGAAACAAUGCUGCUUAACCACCACAGUUUAUGUGGUAAUUAAUGUCUUACAAGUUAGAGUGCAUACCAUAGAUCCGUGAAAAAGUUAACUAACAAAACUUUAAUGCAAAGUUUUGUAGGUUUACAGCCUAUUGUAAUCUACCUACUGAACUUACUAAUUUGUGCAUUAUUUUACGAAGGUUUUCACAGAUAUUUGGUAUGCACUCUACCAAUAGUUUUAUUCCCAAAACAUUUAAUUUAAAUACAGGGGUAUCAAGUGUUGGAAAACUAUCUACCUUUUUCUUGAUCUAAGGAAGGUAACUUGGCAGGUAUAAGGUGUAGGGAAGGAGUUGAUUACUGCCUCAUGCCAGUGACCACUUGGAUGUUCUGGUGCAAGACAAAUAUCACUCACUCUCCACUGAUCGUUAGAAUGACGUGGGGUCUGAGAUGAUGACCAAUUCAUGCUUGUCGCUGUUUCUGUCCUUGGCUGAAAGCAAUGUCAUAUUAAACUUUAUUAUUUUGUUC